GAGCGACGCGUGGGCGGGGCGAGCGGAAGCCGCGCUCCGUGCCCGGAGCAGGGCAGGGGUCUGGGUCUGGGUCCGGGUGCGGGGGAUGCGGCUGCGGGCGGGGGUGCUGGCGGCGGGCUGCCUGCUGCUGCAGGCCAUGGGCGUCGCCAUCUUCCUGCGCGGCUUCUUCCCCACAGCCGUGCGCGCCCGGCCGCGGGGGGGGCCCCCAGGGGACGGCCCCGCCGAGCCCGCCCCGCCCGGCUCAGGAGCGGCGUCCAACUGGAGCGCCGUGCCCCCGCCGCUCUUCAGGAGGGUGGUCCUGGUGCUGAUCGACGCCCUGAGGCAGGACUUCGUCUUCGGCCCCAAAGGCAAGCAGUUCAUGCCCUACGCCACGCAGGUCAUCGAGAAAGGCACGUCCUACAGCUUCGUCGCCGAAGCCAAGCCGCCCACCGUGACUAUGCCUCGCAUUAAAGCCUUGAUGACAGGUAGCAUUCCUGGCUUCAUUGAUGUUGUUGUGAACCUCAACUCUCCAGCUCUGUUGGAUGACAAUCUGAUUUGGCAGGCAAAAACAGCUGGGAAAAGAAUAAUCUUUUACGGUGAUGAUACUUGGGUCAAAUUGUUUCCAAAGCAUUUUGUAGAAUAUGAUGGAACAACAUCCUUCUUUGUGUCAGAUUUUACAGAGGUUGAUGAUAAUGUUACCAGACAUUUGGACAGGGUGUUAAAGAGAGAAGACUGGGAUCUCCUAAUACUACAUUACCUAGGAUUGGACCAUAUUGGACAUGUGACUGGGCCAAACAGCCCACUAGUGGGACCAAAACUUCGUGAAAUGGAUAACAUCCUGAAGAAGAUUCAUAUUUCCCUUCUUUCAAAGGAAGGAGAGGCUUCUCUGCCGAGUUUGCUGGUUGUUUGUGGGGAUCAUGGGAUGUCUGAAACAGGUAGUCAUGGUGGUUCUUCAGAGGGUGAAGUGCACACACCACUGCUGUUUAUCAGCUCUGCUUUUGAAAAGAGAAGUGGUCCUCUAACACAACCUGAACUUGUACAACAAACUGAUUUGGCAAGUACACUGGCAGUAGGUCUUGGUCUACCCAUUUCAAGAAACAGCGUUGGGACCCUUAUAUUGCCAGUUGUAGGAGGCAAGACAAUGAGGGAACAACUACGUUUCUUGCACUUGAAUGGAUUCCAGCUUAGCAGGCUGCUGGAAGAAAACACACCUGCCUAUGAAAAAGAUCCUGGAUAUGAGCAAUUUAAGAUAGCAGAGAAGUCCCAUGGUAACUGGAUCAAACUGUACUUAGAGGGGAAUAAUUCAGAAAUACUCAUGAAUCUUGGCAAAAAGGUCCUGAAGCAAUAUUUGGAGGCCCUGAAGACUUUGAGUGCUUCCCUAAGCAAACAAGUGGCACAAUAUGACAUGUAUUCGAUGAUGGUGGGGACUGUUAUUGUUAUGGAGGUUCUGGUUCUGCUUUUGCUCAGCGUUCCAAAAGCUCUGAGCAGCCGGGCAGAAUUUGAAGUGCCCCUCUCCCCUUCGCUCUUCUCUCUGCUCUUUUACUUGAUGUGUCUGGUGCUGUGUGCGGUUCAUGUCAUUGUGUGCACAUCAGCAGAAAGUUUAUGCUAUUUCUGCAGCAUGUCCUGGUUAACAGCACUUGGAGUGAUGAUGCUGAUUUCUGCACUCAUGUGUGGUAUUUUAUCUGCCAUUGGAAAGAUCCUUGAGAAUUCCAGACUUCCAGUGAAGAAUCCAGUUGCGUCCAGUUCCAGCUGGUCAGAAGUAGAUGUGCUGAUGCUGGCUGGAACAAUUGGCCAUGUUUUGAGUUUGGGGGCAAGCAGUUUUAUAGAAGAGGAACAUCAAACCUGGUAUUUUCUUAUCAAUACUCUUUGUUUGGCACUGUGUCAGGAACUUUGUAGAAACCAUUUUCUUCUGACAGAAUGUGACCCUCAGCAUGGCAUCAGUUUGAAACAAAAUUUUGAUGGUAUCGGGGAAGCCUCUGAUUGCAAGAGUAUAGAUGUACCAGCAUCAGGUAAUUCAAAACUGGACAAGGUUGCAUCUUCAGCUGAAUUCAUUAAGGGAUCAGAUAAAUGGAUAAGCUUAGCGAGUCCAUGGAUCAUUCUCAUUUGCUGUCGAUUACUUCGAUCCUUGAAUCAGACAGGAGUCCAAUGGGCUCAUCGGCCAGACUUUGGGCACUGGCUGACAAGUUCUGAACAUAAGUCUGAACUCUCCUUCUUGGCUGCAGUUUCCCUAGUUAUGAUCUUCUUUCUGGUUCAAAGAAGAUGCUCCCUGGUUUCAAAAAUUGCUAUGGCACUUGGGCUCCUGGGAGUCUACAGUUACCGGGCAGCCAUUGGAAAUGUUGUAUUUCCAUGGCAACAUGACAGCAAAGAUAUUUCAAAGGGGAUUACUGAAGCUCGUUUUGUUUAUGUCUUUGUUCUUGGCAUAGUCUUCACUGGCACUAAAGAUUUACUAAAGUCGCAGGUUAUUUCUGCAGACUCCAGCGUGAAGAGUACAGGAUUAUGGGAAGUGUACAGUGGAUUGGUUCUACUAGCAGCCCUUCUGUUUAGACCUCACAAUUUGCCAGUGUUGGUGUUUUGUCUGCUGAUUCAGACAAUGAUGACAAAAUAUAUCUGGAGGCCUUUGAAAUGUGAUGCGGCACAGAUUACUAUCAUGCAUUACUGGUUUGGCCAAGCUUUCUUCUAUUUUCAGGGAAACUCGAAUGGCAUUGCUACUGUGGAUGUUUCAGCAGGGUUUGUGGGACUAGAAAGCUAUGUGGAGAUACCAGCAAUCUUCCUUACAGCAUUUGCAACGUACGCAGGACCUUUGCUUUGGGCCAUUCAUCUGCUGUGCUACUUGAGUUCUGAAGUUAGCAGAUUAAAAGCUCAACUAGUAGUGUUGCCAGGUACAGUGCUGUUUUAAACUGCUCUCAGGUGGGCAGCUGUGACCUGUAAUACCCACAUCACUUAUGUAAGUAGAUCCCAUCAAACAACUUGUGCCUGUAGAAGUUUUAAGGUUCAUUUCUGUCAACUGGUAAGGCUGUUUCCUCUACUAAGCAGUGAAUAACCCUGGACUGGAAUCUCUCUAGCCCCUGGAGAUAAUUUAAAUUGGUAUGUUACAGUGCUCAGAACUGUAGUCUAUGCACAUUUUAUUUUACUUCUGUGUUUUGUUGCUGGCCAAAUGGUUGCCACAUUUCCUUGUUAUUAUUCCUCGGUCAAACUGUGGAAGACACAGGUCGGCUGUUCCAUGUGAUUUCUUAAAUGUAUGGAAGACAAAAUUUUUCUUUUUUUUUUAAGUGCUGGAUGCUUUAGAUUGUUCUUUAUAAAAGCUUCUCAGUUUUUUGUAUGCAAAUAUGCCUUGGUCAGUGCAAUUCAAACCCUCUCCUUUCUUGUGUGGUUCUGAAUGAAAGAUGAAGAUCCUUUACCUGCUUCCACUAGGCAGGAAGGUCUAGAAGAACCCAGCUGCCAUGGUUUUGUUGAGUAUGCUGAGUAGGUCCCAUUAGAUUGCCACAGAAUGCCAUCAGGAUUGCUGACCCAUCCUAAUACACUCACAGCUGAACGGAUGUGUUCAGAAGAGCAGAGCAAUGCCAUUCUUAGUACAGUUCCUAGCAUCCUGCAGCCUGUUUCAGAGCUGCUUGCAUCUGAGGAAGGUGACUUAAGCAGAGAAGUCUGACCUCCGUGCUAGAUGUUUUGCAGCCGCUUUUAUUGCAGCCACUUAGCAGAGCUCCAUCUAAUUUAUAGCUGCAUCAGCUGACUUAGUUUACCAGAACUUCAUGCUGGAGUUCUUAGAAGCAGAACUCCACUGGGGCCCUCAGUUCCAAGGGGCAAAUAUGUAAGCAUAACCUUUGCUCUCUCUGCACUUUGCAUUCAUGAAAUCAUGGAAUACUUGAGCCUGGAAGGUAUCUCUGGAGAUCAUUGGUGUCAAGUCUGCUGUACAAAGGAGGGUCAACCAGAGCAGGCUCCUCAGGGACAUGUCCAGUCAGGUGUUAAUUAUCUCCAAGGAUGGACACUCAAUAGUCUCCCACCCAUCUUGUGGUGUACCAGCAGCUCUUCCCAUUUUGCAUUGUGUGGCGACUUGCUGAGGGUGCUUUCUGCGCUGUCAUGCAGGUCAUUAACGAAAAUGCUCAAGAGCAUUGUCCCCGCUGUGAAGCUCUGGGUUCAGUAUCUAGUGAGUGGCCUCCAGGUAGGCUUUGUGGUGCUGAUGAGAAGCCCAUGAGCUGGGCAGCUGAGCCAGUUUUCAGUUCACCUCUCUGUCCACUUAUCUUAACCCUACUGCAUCAGUUUGCCUGUGAGGGUGUUACAGGAGACAGCGUUAAAAGCCUCCUUGUGAAGGAAAAGUGCAUUAGAUACCUGUAGUCUAUGUAUUUUCAGACCACUAUGCUAAAAAAGAAUAGAAAAUAAGGACUGCUUGAAAUAAUGUAUUUGCUCUGGAAUUGGGAUUGUAAGUGGUUAAACCAUUUGCAUCCAUCUAACCAGGCACAUGGAACUAUAAAAUCUUCUCCUCAUAUGCAAAGGUAAAUAUAUUUCUAAAAUAACUAAUGGCAUGUGAUAGACAGUAACAUGGAUAUUACUGCCACUUUUAGUCCUUCAUGCUCUCAUAAGAAACUUGGCAGCUGGAAUGUGAUGGGAUUUUCACAGACAGAAAUAGUAAGAACUCUUCUGCUUGAGUCUCCAUGGAAACUGCAAUAACUCUUGAAAAUACUUUUGAGACAGGGAACAAUGAUUAAACAGAUGCCUAAACUUAACCAAGUAUUCUGUGUGUGACUGGCAUAAAUUCCAGAGAGCAUAUGAGUCAUGUAAAGGAUGGUUUUUAGAGUGCUCACUGCAUCGCUCUGAUCUGAAUUAGAACUUCACAUUUGGGGAUCCUUGUGAUCCGAAAAAAGGGCUGUGUAACUGGAUAACCAGACCUGUGUUACAUGACCUCACUGUACAGUAUACUCCAGAUGGAUUCAAUUUCUAAGUUCCUACCCCAAAAAAUUGUCUCGUGGGUGACAGUCACAGUGUUGUGUAAUUACCACUCUUUUGGUAGGCAGCAUGGUAGUUUUCAGCUUCCUUGCACAUUGAAAUCUGUGUUUUAAUUGGUGUAAUGAGUCAGGUUCCAGGAUGAAUGCUGGAUGUCUCCUAGCAUUAGAAAAAAAGCUGCAUGUCUGUUGACUUCUCUUUCCUAGUUAUCAAAAGUUUUAAUAAUGCUUUCCUGUUAGCAAAUAGCUUUCAGGGAUCGAAGACAUAAGUUACGCCCAAUGAGAGGGUAUUGGUUGCAAAACCUUUAAUGUUGUGCUGGGACGUCGUUAAUGUAGAAUGCUUGCACGGCAAAUCUACAUUUUUGCUGUGAAUUCUCUUUUAAUACUGAUAUAAAAAGAAGAAGGAAAGCAUGCUUGUUACAGGAAUUUGAGCAUUUAACACCAGCUUUUGCCAUCUUCAACCUAAUGCAUUUCAUUUAUGGAUUCCUCCAUUCAUAAUUCAUGUUAUUACAUUGAUCAUUUCUCUUUCUAAUGUAAGCUGGACAUGCAGUGAGUGUUUCAGUAUAUUUUCUGUUUUGAGUCCUGGGUAGAAAUUGCAGUCCCUGAUAAAGACAAAAGAACACUGCAGAGCUUUUUUUUUUUUUUCUGAACCUUUCAGUAUUUACAUAUGUAGAUUUUAAUUCCUCUGGUUUCACUUCAUUCUCUGUCCCUUAGGUUAAUUAAAGAUGAAGAAAUAUUUACAGCUAAGAAUAUACAGCAGCUAUGUUCUCUAGAAUGGUAAUACCUGCUCUAUACUGUGUUUGCCAUCAACCCAGCUCUCCGACUGAAAUAAAAAAUGUAGAAGGUACCUACUGGUUCCUUCAUGUGUAUGGGAAUCUGGAAGUGAUUUAAAACUGGGAGUGUGGCUUUAUUGCCACAGGGUGGAAGAAUAUUCUACUCACUUUGGUAUCUCUCGACGUGCUGUCAUUGCAGUGACGAGCUGGAGAUCUGUCGUACACAUCAUUAAUGUUCUGCGAUGGAGACCUCUUUGUCAGUUGCCUCUGUUGCAAACAAAUGACAGUUGCUUCAAAGCCAUUUGCAAAAUAAAUGUCAUCCUCUUCCUCUACGGACCAGCUAUGCAGCUGUGUUUUAGGAGCUGAAACACUUUCUAUGUAAAUGUUAAAGGAAGUAGUGAGCACAGAAUUUAAAGCACACAGAUUUGGGGUGGGCUGAGUUAUUUUUGCUUUAUGCAGAUAGAAGGAAGCAUCUAACAGAUUUGGAACUUUAAAAAAAAAAAAAA